GAUAUGAUGUUUACUUUGCUUUAUAGAGUGGUACAGUACGACGGGGUAUUAGGGCCAUAUUAAGAAAGUCAUCAAAUUAAUCAAAUAUAAAUCAUUGUUUGGAUUUGGCUCUGUCUUCUAACUGAAACGUGCGGAAUAUAAAGCCUGCUGUUGGCGAUUUACUGGGGGAAUGGUUUUAAUGUCGCACAAGGUGAGAGUUGAAGGGGAACAUGGCAGCAGGCAUCAGUGCUAAACAUGGAUUAUUAAGUAGUAAAACGGCACUUUAUCACGCUCUGCACAGAAAUAAACCACCGACGAGUGUUUUUACCCAAAGAGCGGCGGACAUCCAGACUGUGAGAGCGGCGACCAGCGCGACAGCAGACUCACAAGUGAAUGAGAAGUACUGCCUGGAUCUGGUCAGGUGGGUCUGACUGCUGCUAACAACAACAGAAGCUGGAGGAGCAGAAAGUGAAUCAAACCUUCAUUUACUGAGCAGCUGUAAGAGUUUAAAUACCGGGGUGGAAACGCCCUGAUAUGUGACCGGUCCCUCUGUCAAAAAGACCCUGCAGACACUUUCAAGAGUGGGUUAAAUACAGAGUUUUACAGUAAGGCUUCCAUCAACCAAACUCCAUUCAAAUAUCCGUCAAAAAUUCAGACAGCGUAAAAAGUCAUAACACUCAAACGCUAAUUCUACAAAAUAAAUAUGAGAACAAAAUGCAGCAGGUCUUAGUAUAAUUUCGGCUUUAUAAGUGUGACUAAGAAGCUUUUGUUUGUACGUCGUUUCAACUUUUAAACUUUGGAAAUCAGGAUACGAGCCAAUCAAAGUUAGGUUAGAAAUCACACAAAAACGCCCUGCGAUCAAAGUCUAACACGGUAAAAUACAGUAUGUGCAGUUUUGUUUUUAACUAUGAAAAACAGCUUCUUUUGGGUAUCAGAUAUUGUGUAAACACAGAGUUUGAUCAACCAAACUCCAUUCAAAUAUCCGUCAAAAAUUCAGACAGCGUAAAAAGUCAAAACACUCAAAAGUUAAAUUUACAAACUAAAUGUUAGAAAUAUGUUUGUGCAGUUUUGUUUUUCGGUAUCAGAUAUUGUGUUUAAAGGCGUUUGUUAGAUGAACGUGUGUAAUGUAGAUGCAGGUAAGGUGUUUUAUGAUGUAGAAGUUUGAAAGUUUUUAUCUCAAAAGAAAAGAAAACAGUUUCACACAAGAAAAGCGUUAGGCAUAUUAUUGCACUGGAGCAAUCGUGUAAUGUGUUUUUAAAUGAUAAUAGAUGAACCUGUGUUGUUAUGAAGUCCAGGGUCUGAGCAGGUCAUGUUUGUCUGUUGAUUGUCACAGAACAGAAGAAGAUGUUGACGUGUGAAGACACUGUGGCAAAAACUCUUGGUUUGAAUGUUACUAAAUGAGGAUUUUAAACGGAGCUGUCUCUCCUCCUCAGGUCCAGGGACUAUGACGGCUUUGUGUCGUCUCUCCUCCUCCCAGAGGAGGCCCGGCGCUCCUCUUUGGCUCUGAGAGCCUUUAAUGUGGAGCUGGCACAGGCAGGUAUUCCUACAGCCAGGCUGGAUUGAGAGUGGAGGUGGUAAAGAACUGUAAUCCUGACUGAGAUUAAGAUUAAAACUGUUUUUAAGAGAAAGUCUGAUAAAGUCAAACCUGGUGUGACCUGGUUGUUAGAGACGCUCCUGCAGACUGCUGCUGCUCAUCAGUAGACCUCCUUUUAGCCUGCUCUCAAACAUUCUCCACAUGUAUGUCAAAGGUCAAAGACUCCGUUUCCCAGAAGACCAUUGGUUUGAUGCGAAUGCAGUUCUGGAAGUCGACCAUCGAAGAUAUCUACAGAGAUGAUCCUCCAAACCAGCCAGUCAGCGCCGAGCUGUGGAGGGUAAGAGAGAGAGAGAGAGAAAGAGAGAGAAAGAGAGAGAGAGAGGGAGAGAGAGAGGAGAGAGAGAGAGAGAGAGAGAGAGAGAGAGAGAGAGAGGAAGAGGAAGAGAGAGGAAGAGGAAGAGGAAGAGAGGAAGAGAGAGAGAGAGAGAGAGAGAGUGAGAGAGAGAGAGAGAGAGAGAGAGAGAGAGAGGGAGAGGGAGAGGGAGAGGGAGGGAGAGAGAGAGAGAGAGAGAGGGAGAGAGAGAGAGAGAGGGAGAGAGAGAGAGAGAGAGAGAGAGAGAGAGAGAGAGAGAGAGAGAGAGAGAGAGAGAGAGAGAGAGAGAGAGAGAGAGAGACGGUUAAAAAUGAUCUUUUUAAAAAUGACGACUGUGUUUUACAGGUGGUGAGGAAACAUUACCUGACAAAGAGAUGGCUGCUGAGGAUCGUCACCGAGAGGGUUCGUCUCUGCUGUCUUUAUUCAGAGCCUCAUCUUUAGUUUGUUUGUUGUAGUUUAUAAUCUCUGUUUUAUUGUAAUAAUAGAGAAAAUAGUUAAAUCUUUGUGUUUGAGCAGGAGAAGGAUCUGGACGACAGAGCGUACAGAAACCUGCAGGAGCUGGAGACGUACUCCGAGAACACGCAGUCGUCUCUGAUUUACCUGCUGCUGGAGUGUUUAGGUAAGGACAGGUGAGGCUGCAGGUGGAUCCAAGUACGAGCAGAGAUGAUAUAAACACGUAAUAAACAGUUCAGCUGCUCGAGGGAUACACCUGAUGAUUUUAAAAGAGGGAGGAAUAUGAAGGUGAAGAAGUGAUGUCACAGCCAAUCAGAAUUCUUUGUUUUGUUUUGUGGUUAUUUGUUUCUGCAGGAGUGAAAGACGUCCACGCAGACCACGCAGCCAGUCACAUCGGUAAAGCUCAGGGAAUCGUGACGUGUCUGAGAGCGACUCCGUAUCACAGCAGCCGGCGGAAAGUCUACCUGCCCAUGGACGUCUGCAUGCUGGUGAGCCGAACCUCACCGAGAAAUCUCCUAUUUUAUUCUGUUUUUAUACUUUUAUAUUCGUAUUUAACUGAAACAUACAGUAUAAGACACAGUAUAACAGGUCUGAAGUACUUCAGGAGUAUUUUAGUACAUCUGAUCUACUGGAGGGCAUCGAGAAGGCAGCUUGGGACAUUUCUCCGCUGGAAGAGGAGACGACACUUUUCUAUGAUUUGUAGCAUGAAAGAAAAUUUAAAAGGUGUUUUUUUUACAUUUUCUGUCUGUAAAGGCAGCGAGAAGGAACUUUGACGACAUAUUUCAUUAUGGAAGGGCAUCCAGACGGUUUUUUUCACAUGUUUAUACUGUAAGGACAUCAGGGGGCACUUCCUGUUCUGUGUUUGAUGAAGGUUGUGCAGCAUGAAGAUCACACUUGUGAACUUAAAGAGCAUCUAAGAGGCAAAAAGGUCUUUAAUAAGCAUUAAAGUCACAUUUUAGAAUAAAAAGAUCUGAGCCUGAUUUAAAGGACUUAAAGCAGAUCAAUCAUGAGGAUCACAAAGACCAAAAAAUGGGUUCAGGUUUGAAAAAAACCUGGAAAUGAAAAUGUGAACGCUGAACCCUGCACACACAUCUAUACACAUCUACACACGUCUACACACAUGUACACACUCUCAGCUGAGUCAUGGCGCGGCCUUGGCUGACGUCAGGGAUCAUUACACAACAACAGCGGAGCAGAAGAGCUUCCUGUGCGAGAUACAUCCACGCCACGGGUGAACAAACGGGGAAACAAACAGUCUGGAGGUUCUGUGAGGAGGAGGACCUAAGGAGGAGGAUCUGAGGAGGAGGAGGAGGACCUGAGGAGGAGGAGGAGGACCUGAGGAGGAGGAUCUGAGGAGGAGGAGGACCUGAGGAGGAGGAUCUGAGGAGGAGGAGGACCUGAGGAGGAGGAGGACCUGAGGAGGAGGAGUGGGAGGAGGAGGACCUGAGGAGGAGGAGGACCUGAGGAUGAGGAGGGGGAGGAGGAGGAGGAGGAGGAGGGGGAGGAGGGGGAGGAGGAGGAGGAGGGGGAGGAGGAGGAGGAGGAUCUGAGGGGGAGGAGGACCUGAGGAGGAGGAGGAGGAGGAGGAGGACCUGAGGAGGAGCAGGAGGAGGAGGAGGAGGAGGAGGAGGAGGAGGAGGAGGGGGAGGAGGAGGAGGAUCUGAGGAGGAGGAGGACCUGAGGAGGAGGAGGGGGAGGAGGAGGAGGAGGAGGAGGAUCUGAGGAGGAGGAGGAGUUUACGGUGCAGAUGAAGCAUGAAGGCUCUAACGUCAGAAACCUCAGGAGGAGGACAGUCGAGCCAUCCACUCCUCCACCUCCUCUCUGCUGACGGUAGAGGGCGCUGUGGACACACUGAAACACCCUGAGAACAUCCAGUAAAGGCACAAACACAGAAACAGGAUGAAGAGCUGGACUCAAAGGCAGAUCCUGGAGAUGUCUCCAGUUAAAAACAGUUAAAAACAGUUAAAACAGUUAAAAAACAGUUAAAAACAGUUUAAAAACAGUUAAAAACAGUUAAAAACAGUCAAAACAGUUAAAAAACAGUUAAAAACAGUUAAAAACAGUUAGAAACAGUUAAAAAAACAGUUAAAAAAACAGUUAAAAACAGUUAAAAACUGUUUAAAAACAGUCAAAACAGUUAAAAACAGUCAAAACUGUUAAAAAACAGUUUAAAAACAGUUAGAAACAGUUAAAAAAACAGUUAAAAACAGUAAAAAAACAGCUAAAAACAGUUAAAAACAGUUUAAAAACAGUUAAAAUCAGUCCUCCAGAAGACCGAACCCUCCGACUGUGUGUUUCAGCUGAUACUGAGGAAUAAUCCAGAGUGAGAAACGACAAAGAAAACUCACAUCUGACAGUAAAUAUGAUGAUCUUCUCUCCGUUUCCUCGUUUUGAGUCUUUGCAGAAACUUAAAACACUGAAUCAUCAUUUUAUCAAUAAUAAGAAAAAAAGACGAAGAAUCAGUGGGCCUGAGAUCGAACCCUGGGGAACUCCCACUUUAACGUUUAGCCUGGUUCCACUCAUGAAAAUGAAACAAAGACAUCUGAGAGUGACGGGUGGAGUUAGUGGACAGUGACGGAGGAGCUCUGACUGAUCACAUCAUUGAUCAGUGGAGGACAGGCGAUCAAUGAGGGUGUGAUCAGACGGGCUUCUUCUCCUUCUUUUCAUUCGAGCACAACGACCUCGUGUUUGUGAAGACAGAGUGAGAGGACGGAGAUCGAGAAACACGAGGAUAAAAGAUCGAACAUCAGAUUAAAGAAGACUGAAUGUGUUAAAGACUUCAAAACUUGAAAAAUACAAAGAAACACAAACAACAUUUAACAUUUUUAAAGAGUUUAUGGACACAGAAAUAUUUCACGUUUGACUUUCAGCUGUUUGACGAUUUUUUACCUAAAACUAAUCUGAGUUUUCAAAAUACGACUUUGAUAAUUAUGGAAUUAUUCAUUAAUAUUCAUUAAUAAUGAUAAAAACCAAUAAUAAAGGUUAUUAUUAUAAUAGCUCAAGUUGAGAAUAUUUCCAACAUAAAUAAUAUUUUGAUAAUAACGAUAUUUAAAACAAUAUUUAUGUUUGAAGACAUGUUUAUGUUAUUAUUAAUAUUAUAUUGUUAUGAUCAUUAUAUUCAGACAUUAGAUUUAUACUACUGUUCUGUUCACUGUUCUUGUUCUUUUUUAUUAUUAUUAGUAAUUUUCAAUUAUGUCUUAAAUCAAAUGAAUAAACCAACAACGGUGGGUUGGAUUAAAGUCUAUUUUAUUUUAAGCUUUUUAAAGUUCGUCUCAGGUCAGAAUAUUUUUGUUUUUCUCAGGCUGACAUUUGUUGGUUUUCUUCCUCAGGAAUAAUCGACCGAAGGUUCACGUCUCUGUUGAUAAAUUACUCUUCUUCUUUCCUUUUUAUCAUUUAUUUUUUCGUCUUUCUGCCUCAUUUUCCAUCAUUUUCCUCUCGGAGAGCCGUCUGACCGUUUCCUCCAGCUGUUAUUUAACGGUGGAAAUUAUCCUGGGAGCAGAAAUCGUUCGGUCCUUUUAGACACAGAGUGGAGGAGAUAAAAUAAAACCUUUUGGCCUCAAACAGAAACUCCAAUAUUUCAUCUUUUUAUUGAGAGUGACCCACCUGCACACGUGAAUCCUCACAGACUUCAUUAAGUUCAUCUUUUCACAUCGUAAGAAGAUGACAGAGAUUCUCUCAUGAACAUCUUAUCAUCAAACUCGUUCAUUUAUUUGAAUGUUGGUUAUGAAGCAGGACAAAACUCAUAAAAACUUUAGGACGGGUGUCAUGUGAAGCUUUUUACAUCCAAGGCCGUUUCCGCGGUAACUGGGUGUCAUUUUAAUACGAGUUGUUUCAUAAAUAAGAAAAUAAAAACUUCAUAUUUUCCAGCUUGUUUUUUCUAAAGAGCGUCAGAAAAACCUGUCGGGUACGAGUUUUGACUCAUCGGUUAAAAAACACUGACGCUGAAGUGAGACAUCGGUUCACAUGUUAAAAAAAAUAUUUGAUUUAAAAGAAUAAAACUCAAAGUUUCUUUAUCUUUAAAUUGUUGCCUCUUUGUACCUGAACUGUGCUGCUGUAACUUUGGAUUUUCCUCCUGUGGGACUAUAAAAGGAACAUCUUAUCUUCAAAAAGGAGAAAAUCACCAAAAUCACCAAAAUCACCAAGAACUUCUGUUUCUGUGUCCUCCAGCACGGAGCUUCUCAGGAGGACUUCAUCCGCGGCCGACGGGAUCAGAAAGUCCGAGACGUGGUGUACGACAUCGCCAGCCAGGCUCACGUUCAUCUACAACACGUACGUACAGAAAAACGUCGGCUUUGUGAAACUUUACUGUGUGGUGAUCUAUUUAACCAAACAAUACUCAGAGUUUUCAGCUUCAACUCUUCUUAUCUCAAACUUUGAGAAAAAAACAACUAGAAACAAAAACCCCGAACAAAAUAAUUCAUCUGUACAACAAACAACUGAACAUGUCGAAGAUAAAUGAACACAAACAUGUUUGUCAGAAAUAAACGGUUAGAUGAGGAACAGAGUGAAGCAGAGAGAUGAUCCUGAACCUUCCUUUAAAAUUAACGAUUUAAAUAAACUCUGUUUGUAUAAAUGACAAAGAUCUGAAUAAACACCUUCAUAUUAAACACAAAGAUAUCAGCUCUACCCUUCAGAGGUCACUUAUUAUAGUUAUAUUUAUUAUAUUAUAAAACUAAUCUGUGUUAUAAUAUUCUGAAUUAAUAUGACUUCUAUACAUUCAAGUAUAUUUAGUAUAAAACCACAUUUUUGUUAGUUUACUUCCAUGAAUCUCUGAAUUCUUCUCUGUAGUUUGAUUUAAAUAUUUUUAUGUUAUUGGACAUUUUUAAAGUGACGUGAUCAAAGCUGUCCCACAGUUUAACACAGACUUUAUAAUACAGAGAGUUUUAUGGACGAUCAGACAGAUAAACUGAUUUCAUCUCAGCCUCAAACACUUGGAUCUAAACUCAGACGUCAGCUGUGGGGGUUAGUUUUUACACAGAGAACUUCACAAACUUCCAUCAGAGUGAAAAGGAUGAGACGUGUGCAGACUCGUGUCAACGGAGGUUUUUACCACCGUGUCAACAAACAGGUGAAACCACUUUAAUGUGUCGUGGGGUGACUCUGCUGACCUGAACUUUAGUCACUGUCUGAGUGUGGGAGUGGGGUGUUUUUGACGCGCUUCUAAUCCAAUCCAAGGUUGUUGUUGUUGAGGAAUAUUUUACCUUUUAUUGAUUAAAUGAAAAACAAACAAAAAAGACGGAAACGUCCAGCUGACUACGACGGUGAUGAGGGUGAGAGUGUUGUCAGAGAUGAGUGAGGACCAAAGUUUCGUCCUGUUUGGUCGUCGGAGACUUUCCUCGAGGAGACCUCCACAAGUGUUUUUAUUUUUAGAGAAGAGACCCGACAGUGAAGAGACCGACACUGAAGGACUCCUGAUCCGCCUCUCUCUCUCUCUCUCUCUCUCUGUUUCUCUCUCUCUCCUUCAGGCUCGAUCUUUCAGCUCCAACGUCCCCACAGCUGCAACUCCAGCCUUCCUGCAAACGGUGAGUCUUUAAAAACGACCACGACGCCGUCUGAGGGGUACGGGGGAUUGUUCUGUCUUUAAACCACAACAAAUCUAGAAUAAGACGUUUAACUCCGACAAUCAUGGAGGAGGAGCGAAGAUUUAACAGCAAAAACAAUCAAAACAUCCGAGAGAAAAACGACAAACCAGAAAUAAAUUCACGGAAAUAGAGAGGAGGUUACGUAAUGAUCUCUUAACGUGAAUAAAGGAAAUAAAGAAAAGGAAAAAACAUCGAAGACUUUCCUGAAAACAGAACAUUUCUAAACGACAGGAAGUGAACAUCCAGAGGUUCGACUCAGAGCAAUGGAUUAAAACAGAGUGGCGACACUCCCAUAGGCAUACGCUGUACAGCCCGGCGGACCCCACUUCCGGGUUAUGGAACGCUUAUUAGUUCCAACAUGACCGCCUGUCACGUCGGACGCCGUUCGCUUCUAUGGCCACAAGGCAAGCGCUCACUGGAUUAAAUGAUAAAAUAUCAACAAGUUUAAUGCCAAUACAUGUGUUAUUGAUAUCGAGGGGACCCCUUUAUAUGUAAAAAUGUAUAUCCCAAAUGUAAUUACGUUUUUAUAGUCAGGAAUUGGGAUCGAUGUUUUAGCCACGGUUUGCUCCCACACUCCCCGAGGUAAAAUAUUGUAUCAACUGUAGCGAUUUGAAAUGAGCCUCAUACGGUCGCACCAAAAUAUAUGUAGCGAUUUGAAAUGAGCCUCACAAGGCCGCACCAAAAUAAUACUGCAGCGAUUGGAAUUUAUAAUAAAUGUCUGAAGAUUAAUAAUCUCAAAUUAUGACAUUUAUGCACUCGUUGAAAGGGGCACCACCCACCCUUAAUGGUGGGAAAAUAAAGAAAACAAAGGUUUAAUUCAGAAAUCAAACAUCAAGUCAGUUUUAAUUAAUCAGUCUUAAUUAAUCAGUCUUAAUUAAUCAGUCUUAAUUAAUCAGUCUUAAUUAAUCAGUCUCAUAUCUUAAGUCGAAAUUCUAAUUUCAGGGACUCCACUUCUGGAAGAACACUAACAGACAGGAACUUAGAAAAAUAAUGAUCUGUUUAUUACAGGAUAAAUGAUGGUACAACACACAUGCAAUAAAUGAUAAGAUAAUGAGGAUAAAAUAAUAAUAGGUGAAUAAAUAAAGAUUCUGAGUCAGGCUAGGAGCACUAAAGUUAAUGAUAGUGAGUGAAUAUGCGCUAACAUAUUAACCUACACUAACUUUGGUGUCGAGAUAAACUCGGAUGUGGAUUUGGAGGAAUCUAAGAUCACCAGAAAUAGGUGGAUAUCUGAGUUAUGAACGCAUGAGACAGCACCAGCCCUCUUUAGAGCUCUGGAGGUUUGCAUACUUAAGUGAGACUGGUCCUUGGAGAAGAUGGAGCAGGUUCCGAAGGUCCGGGGCUACUGGCGGUUCGAGCGGUUCAGCUCAGAAGACGACUGAAGUCAGCCGAAGGAUGAGCCAGGAGUUGCAGCACUCGGGCCCGAAGCAAAGCCAGCGCCUGUGGAUCCUGUGGAUGCUCGUUUGGGUACUUCUUUGGUCUCACUCAAAAACUCUGGCACAGAGGAUGACCUGGGCCUGCUGGGUUGCGUUCAGAGGUGACUUUGAAAUCACGCAGAAAACUCAGAAAAACGAGGCUCGAAGAGCAGAGAAAACUUUCAAAAAUGGCUUCGCGAAAUUAAAGAAAAAUCAAUCAAAGGCUUAAUCUUGAAUUGCUAUGCGCACAAAAAGUUGAAGUUUCAAAACUUGAACUAAGACGAUGUUAAAGAAAAAUCAACGUGAAUCAACACGUGGCGUAAAACUUAGAAGACUAAGAAAAAGUUCUAAGAGAAAAUAAAGAAACGCACCACAGAAGGGUGUGGGCAGAAGAGAAGGGGCAUAAGAGCCGGGGACAAGAGAGUCAGCAGAAGAGCAGAAGCAUAAGCGGAAUGAGAGACAUAAGAGGAAUAAGAGAGAAAAAGAGCUAAGAGAGCGUAAGAGAGUGAGCAACCCCACUCCACUGGUUUUAUCUUCUCACACUGGGAGUGUCUGAGGAGAAAGAGGAGGGGUCAUCGGGUCUCUGAUUAUUUGAUCUAACUUAUUCUUUUGGCUGGUAAAAGAGUCAGAUCUGAUACUCACUCACUAUGAUUAAUAUCAUUGAAUGCUUGGUUUCAUGAUAAAUAAUUUGAUACUAAACACAUAUGAAUGAAGUGUAGGAUCACAUCAAACAUUCUCAUUAUAUUUUAAGUAUCACAUUGAACAUGCUAAAUUACUCUGAAAUGAAACAGAUAGUAACACAUGGAAACUGUGAACAACAAAAGAGUAAACACAUGUGAAUGAACGUCAUCAUGAUUAAUAAUGGAUUCUAAAUACUCACAUUCAGAUUAUUCAGUGACAUUAUAACCACCUAAUGGUUAAGAUACUAAAUAAAUAACUAAAAUAUAAACCAAACAUUUCUAAACUAUUUCUGUUACUUAGAGUAAACUUAGGAUUCAUAGUCAAUAAAUUUAACUCUUAAAAGUUCAUGAAACAGUCUGAAAAGCUGUUGGUCUAAAGAACUAAAGAAUAAAGGAUUUAUUCUGUCAGAUAAGAUAACUUGGCUUCUGAAGCACAUAGAAAAACGGGAAACAUCUCAUUUUAACACAAAUUUCAUGAUUAGACAGAUUAGUACAUUGCUGAAUGCGUAAGAUGUCAUGAUCAGUCAUUUGUAUUCUUUCACCAAAGGAAUGCAGUCUUUAUCAGUGUAUGGUCGAGCAGGGUUUUACGACCGAGGUCUGGAGGUCAGUGUCCCCCCUUAUCCUGGAGUCCGUAUGUUCACACACUUUAAGACGCUAAAUCUCAAAUGGGAGAUCUGGGUUGAGACGUUAAUGUUUAUUUAGAUGGUCAGUAAUGGAGUCAGUUUGAAAGGUAAUAAAAACUCUGUCUCUGUUCGCCGAACUGACCAAUCCUGAAGAGUCAGAGGUUUAGUCAACCUCCGGUUGGGUCACUUAUUUAACCUGAAAGUGCAAACACGUCUGGAAAGAUUUAUAUCCUGUUUCCUGGGACCAGAUAAGGAAACUUUCCUGUAAGGAAUGUGUGGGUUUCACAUCCAGGGUUGUCUUGAUUGCUACAGUCCCCCCUUCGUCACGGUGGUCCUGUCCAUGGAGCAUCGGGACGACGAGUAGACAACCAUGAAGCAGCAGCAGGUGUAUGCAAAUAGGACUGAUGCGUCUCAUCAUCAGUAUGUGAAUCACUAGUACUGCUUUGAGAUAAAAUUAAGCAUGCAUUAAGCUAUCAAAUAAAAUCGUCUAGUUGUUAGAGUUUUCUCAGUUAACUAUUGGUAGACUAAUGUGAAAGAAAAUCUCCUAAUUUUCAAUAUUAAUGAGAUUUAGAAAAACACGAUUUAGUGUGAAUGCUAACUGGAUCUAAAGCUAUAGCUGUUUUUCAUGCUUGCUGGAGAAGUCUGAAAGUUCCAUUUCAGUUUCAAAAAUGGUUAAGACUUAGGUGGAAAAGAAAUGUCUGCUAUAGACAUAUUAACCAUCUGUGUAUGAGCAUAGUCAACCUGAAUCACAAACAUCAAAAGUUUACUGCACAGAGUUUCUCUUAACUUUGUCUGUUAAACUUGGGGAUGAUGCUCUUAUUGGUUUGACUAAUUAUCUGCUGUUGAGUCUGAAAUUUGUCAAUCUGAGUCUUAAUGACAGAAAUUUCAGCUUUUAAUCUAUUCAUGGGAUAUUUGACAGCUGACAAGCUGACCAUAUUGACAGAGGAGAGACAAAUGCUAACAAAGAAAGCAGCAACUGGGAUUGCAGUCAUCAAUGUAUCACCACAGCAUUUGGAUAUCUUAUUGGAGUCAUUUAGCUUUGGCUAGGUGACUUCUGCUUUCGCAGGACUCACACCUUCAUGACUCCACAGUGUUAAUCUCAGUGGUUAGCUGAGUAGUCAUGUUUAUUCACCUUCAAAGUGGAUGAAACCGAUUGAGGUGGAUAAUAAGAUCGUCGUUUCUGAGAGUGUGAUUUACUCUGAUUCUGCCAGUCAUUCACCCCACUUUGGCGGUGUCGAUGGUUUUUCCUUUGUCUGGGAUAAAACCCACCGUGACGGGAGUCUGAAUAACAACAGUUGGUCUCAAAGUUUACCCGGCAUUGGUCUGAGUCAGACCUGGGCCUUGGUGUGUAACUUUGACCUUUGUGAGUUUGUUGAGGUCGAAAAGGUUUUGGAGGCCUGGUUAACCACUCAUUUGGAGGCUUAUCGGAGCCUGAAAAUACACAGUCUGAAGCUUCGUUCAGCUCCAUGGGCAGUGAUUUUGUCUCCAUAGCCAAGAGAGUAACGGGCUCUGCUUUCUUAGCCAAAGUUUGUCGUUGUUUGGCAAAACCUUUUACAGCAAGUUCACGAAGCUGUCGGCUAGUCGAAGUGUUUGGACAAGCUAAGACGCCAAGGUGAUGACUGGUGGUAGGGUGGAGGUUCUGGACGAACAGCGUUUUGAAGUUCAAGUCCUCCUCCAUUUCUGGUUCAUUUCGGAAACCAAAGUAAGCUUCGCGUAAGCGGUUAUAAUAAUGUUGGGGAGGUUCUGAUCUCCCUUGUUUAAUAGACAGAGCAGCAGAGAGGCCUGUCUGGGUCAAAUAGUCAGAAAACUCUUCAAUUAAUGCUUGGCAGAGCAAGUCAUAAUUAUUUCUGACAUGAUAAGGCUGUCGUUCUAGGAAACUGCUAACCUCUCGACUUGACGUCGCCUUAAUAAGGUAGAUUUUGUCAUCAACGGUUGCACCUGGAAAUUUCCGCAGGUAAAAGUCAAUGUCUUUCAAGUAGGUGCAGGUGUCAGUAGCACCUUGGUGCUCAGGUUCAAAGCAUGCUAUGUUACGAGCAAUUUUGUCAAGAUCCCUGUCUGAGGGAGAUGGUAAGAAGCCAUCAUGAGGAGGAGAGUAGGACUCUUGGUUUAAGGAUGACCUCUCAGGGUCAAGCAGGGUCCUGUCAUGAUGCUGAGAGAGAUACUUAAGAGUUGGUUUGGAAGGAAGUGAUGGCGCUCUCUCAGGAGGCUGAUCACCUAUCAUUUCUUCAAGAAACGUUUGCUCCAUGCGUUCUCUUUGGGCUCGACCUGACUGGAGGGAGCAUUGUAACUCUCUUUGGGCAUCUUCAAGUCCUUUGUCUGUCUUUUCUUGCCGUUCUUGACAAAGAAUUAACUGUCUUUGAGCUAUCUGGAGCUGGUGCUGUAAGGUAGAAGUUUGCUUCUCCUUAACUUCAAGAGCUUCAGCACGCACUUUGACCAGUGCUUUCAAAGCUUUUACAUCUUCUGUUGCUUGCUCUAGCAGGGAUUCUGACUGUAUCAGAUCCUCUGUGGUCUUAGCAAGAUGCUUACUGGCUUUGUCAAGUUCUUUCUCUUUUUGGUUAAGAGUUUUAUCAAGUCUUUCAAUCUUGUCUUUAAGAUCAAGAUUUUCUUCAUGACUUAUCAGUGAGGGAAGCUUUGACGCUUCACAUCUGGCACUGUGUUUUUCUAAAACACUUAGAGACUCCUUAGUCUCCUCUAGCGUCUUUUUCAGUGUGCUGUUUUCGUCUUUUUGCGCCUUUAUCUUUGCUAAAGCGCAUUCCAGCAAGCAGUCUUUAUACCCAAGCUGAGAAGACAUCACGACAGACAUGCAUCUAGUGAGCUCUUUGUCACGAAGUGUCGUGGUUAAGGCUGUUUCCAGUAGGUCAGCCAUUUCAUCCUCCGGAUUGGAGGGUUUGGCCUUUUGAAUCUUAGUCAUGUACUGAGGUAUCAGCUGACUAGUCAAGUUUGCCAACACUGUGUGUAUGUCCCUCAGGGGGUCUCCCUGGCUGGACUCUUUUGUGUUAGGCAUGUUUGGUUUUGGUAAAGAGGUGCAGCUGGUUGGUUGAUGAGUUUGAGUUGACUUAAAAUGAAAGGAAGAAGCACAAUAUCAAAUUAAGUGGGUUAAUCGACUUAAUUUAUCAGUGCUUGAUAAAGAGGAAGAGCCUAUCUGAGUAGAUAUCUAAUGGAGAGAAAAAUAACAUAAAUUAACUUCAUUUCAAUGAAAAUUGAAAUAAAACAAGGUGAAAUAAUGUUAAAUUAAAUUUAACAUCAGAUACAGAACCAUUGAAUAAAGGGUUCAAUUUGUCUCCGUGUUGCAGAGAUCAGCAAAGCUUAAAUAAACUGCCUGAUGCAGUUGGAUGAAUUUGAAAAAUCAAUGAAAUUGUCAAUUUAAGGAAUUAACUCUGAAGUUAAUUCACAAAUUGCAAUAAAUCCAAAGGUUCAACUACCAAAUCCAUCUGGAGUGUUAAAAGAAAUUUCAAAUAUUAAUUAAUUUGUUCAUUAAUUAAUUAAUCAAUCUUAUGAGGAGGGUUAAUACAUUCAUGUAUUAUAGGGAACAGUAAAACUGCUCAAUGAUGUGAUAAGUAACAACAAGAUCAGGUGAUUGAUUCAAGGAGUUACUUUAUCAAUACAUUAUGGAGGCUCUUAUAACAAAGAUAAAAAUCAAAAAUCAAUGAUCAAUGAUUUAGAAUAAGCACAUCAAACUUCAUCAACCAAGUCAAUCACUUGAAUUAUGUCUGUAGAGUGUUACACACUGACUACAGAGAGGCAGUACAGCUGGCUGAUACUGCAGGCAGAUAAGUGUUAGCUCAAUACCAAAAGCAACCAUGUGGGGCAGUAUGGAGUUGGGAGAACUGCACAAGCUCAACACUAGUGGAGAAGAAGAGGAAAGAGGAAACAGUCAUCCAACUAGCCUCUUGUGGCUGUGAGGAGUUGGGAAGUAUGAAGGAAGGGGCCUUUAGGCUCUGCCUCCUUGAAGGGCCUUAUCUGCUUAAGGCCACAUGGUCAGUCUCUCCACUGACAACAAAGGGUUAACAUUUCACAGCAGGCUGCGUCUGCACCCUCAAACAUAGAACUUUACACCAUCUUCUCAGGCAGAUUGGUUCAAUAAAAUCAUUUACAGGAACAAGAAUCAAAGUGGCAAAUCCUUAAACAGCAGAUUCAACUGCAGACUUUAAAAUCACAAAUGCGGUGAUUUGUGGACACAAAUUUUGUCUCAAUUCAAUCAAACAACAACCUCCCACUGUUACAGUGGUUUCCUGUGACAGGUAGUUAGUCUGUCAGGGGAAAGGAGGAAAUCUGAAUCCCAUAUAAUUACUAGAACUUCGUAGCAGACUAUAGAGACAAGAAUCAAAGUGACAAAUCCCUCAGCAGCAGAUUCAACUGCAGACUUUAAAAUCACAAAUGCAGCGAUUUGUGAUCACAAAUUUUGUCUGAAUUCAAUCAAACAACAGCCUCCCACUGUUACAGUGGUUUCCUGUGACAGGUAGCUAAUCUGUCAGGGGAAAGGAGGAAAUCUGAAUCCCAUAUAGUUACUAGAACCUCGUAGCAGACUACAGAGACUUCAGGGGCUUGAAACCACAGCUCGGAGCAUCGCGAACACUGGGUUCAGCCAAAGGCCUUAAAUACAAGCGUACGGCGACGCAACAAUCGUGCACUUAAAUAUUGGACAGUCUAGACAGAGCAGAAGAAGCAGUCUCACUGCUACUCAGAACAACAUUUCACGCUGUCCAGCUCAAACACAGACUACAGGCAUGUAGUACAAAAGUGUGUGAAACACAGAGCAUAAAGGUUUUAUGCAUAGAUCAGGAAAACAUCAGAACUUAGUCAAGCAACUUCAGCAAGCAUAGCAUUUAUUGUGAUUAAGUCUAGGAUAGCCUGGAAAUAAGUUUCUCUCAUCAAUUUGGAAGGCUAAGUUUUAGGUUGUCUGUUAGUAUCCAGAAGUUUUGUUUGAAACGCCUCACGCAGGGGCUCCAAAAUAUAUGUAGCGAUUUGAAAUGAGCCUCAUACGGUCGCACCAAAAUAUAUGUAGCGAUUUGAAAUGAGCCUCACAAGGCCGCACCAAAAUAAUACUGCAGCGAUUGGAAUUUAUAAUAAAUGUCUGAAGAUUAAUAAUCUCAAAUUAUGACAUUUAUGCACUCGUUGAAAGGGGCACCACCCACCCUUAAUGGUGGGAAAAUAAAGAAAACAAAGGUUUAAUUCAGAAAUCAAACAUCAAGUCAGUUUUAAUUAAUCAGUCUUAAUUAAUCAGUCUUAAUUAAUCAGUCUUAAUUAAUCAGUCUUAAUUAAUCAGUCUCAUAUCUUAAGUCGAAAUUCUAAUUUCAGGGACUCCACUUCUGGAAGAACACUAACAGACAGGAACUUAGAAAAAUAAUGAUCUGUUUAUUACAGGAUAAAUGAUGGUACAACACACAUGCAAUAAAUGAUAAGAUAAUGAGGAUAAAAUAAUAAUAGGUGAAUAAAUAAAGAUUCUGAGUCAGGCUAGGAGCACUAAAGUUAAUGAUAGUGAGUGAAUAUGCGCUAACAUAUUAACCUACACUAACUUUGGUGUCGAGAUAAACUCGGAUGUGGAUUUGGAGGAAUCUAAGAUCACCAGAAAUAGGUGGAUAUCUGAGUUAUGAACGCAUGAGACAGCACCAGCCCUCUUUAGAGCUCUGGAGGUUUGCAUACUUAAGUGAGACUGGUCCUUGGAGAAGAUGGAGCAGGUUCCGAAGGUCCGGGGCUACUGGCGGUUCGAGCGGUUCAGCUCAGAAGACGACUGAAGUCAGCCGAAGGAUGAGCCAGGAGUUGCAGCACUCGGGCCCGAAGCAAAGCCAGCGCCUGUGGAUCCUGUGGAUGCUCGUUUGGGUACUUCUUUGGUCUCACUCAAAAACUCUGGCACAGAGGAUGACCUGGGCCUGCUGGGUUGCGUUCAGAGGUGACUUUGAAAUCACGCAGAAAACUCAGAAAAACGAGGCUCGAAGAGCAGAGAAAACUUUCAAAAAUGGCUUCGCGAAAUUAAAGAAAAAUCAAUCAAAGGCUUAAUCUUGAAUUGCUAUGCGCACAAAAAGUUGAAGUUUCAAAACUUGAACUAAGACGAUGUUAAAGAAAAAUCAACGUGAAUCAACACGUGGCGUAAAACUUAGAAGACUAAGAAAAAGUUCUAAGAGAAAAUAAAGAAACGCACCACAGAAGGGUGUGGGCAGAAGAGAAGGGGCAUAAGAGCCGGGGACAAGAGAGUCAGCAGAAGAGCAGAAGCAUAAGCGGAAUGAGAGACAUAAGAGGAAUAAGAGAGAAAAAGAGCUAAGAGAGCGUAAGAGAGUGAGCAACCCCACUCCACUGGUUUUAUCUUCUCACACUGGGAGUGUCUGAGGAGAAAGAGGAGGGGUCAUCGGGUCUCUGAUUAUUUGAUCUAACUUAUUCUUUUGGCUGGUAAAAGAGUCAGAUCUGAUACUCACUCACUAUGAUUAAUAUCAUUGAAUGCUUGGUUUCAUGAUAAAUAAUUUGAUACUAAACACAUAUGAAUGAAGUGUAGGAUCACAUCAAACAUUCUCAUUAUAUUUUAAGUAUCACAUUGAACAUGCUAAAUUACUCUGAAAUGAAACAGAUAGUAACACAUGGAAACUGUGAACAACAAAAGAGUAAACACAUGUGAAUGAACGUCAUCAUGAUUAAUAAUGGAUUCUAAAUACUCACAUUCAGAUUAUUCAGUGACAUUAUAACCACCUAAUGGUUAAGAUACUAAAUAAAUAACUAAAAUAUAAACCAAACAUUUCUAAACUAUUUCUGUUACUUAGAGUAAACUUAGGAUUCAUAGUCAAUAAAUUUAACUCUUAAAAGUUCAUGAAACAGUCUGAAAAGCUGUUGGUCUAAAGAACUAAAGAAUAAAGAUUUAUUCUGUCAGAUAAGAUAACUUGGCUUCUGAAGCACAUAGAAAAACGGGAAACAUCUCAUUUUAACACAAAUUUCAUGAUUAGACAGAUUAGUACAUUGCUGAAUGCGUAAGAUGUCAUGAUCAGUCAUUUGUAUUCUUUCACCAAAGGAAUGCAGUCUUUAUCAGUGUAUGGUCGAGCAGGGUUUUACGACCGAGGUCUGGAGGUCAGUGUCCCCCCUUAUCCUGGAGUCCGUAUGUUCACACACUUUAAGACGCUAAAUCUCAAAUGGGAGAUCUGGGUUGAGACGUUAAUGUUUAUUUAGAUGGUCAGUAAUGGAGUCAGUUUGAAAGGUAAUAAAAACUCUGUCUCUGUUCGCCGAACUGACCAAUCCUGAAGAGUCAGAGGUUUAGUCAACCUCCGGUUGGGUCACUUAUUUAACCUGAAAGUGCAAACACGUCUGGAAAGAUUUAUAUCCUGUUUCCUGGGACCAGAUAAGGAAACUUUCCUGUAAGGAAUGUGUGGGUUUCACAUCCAGGGUUGUCUUGAUUGCUACACAACGAAUGUAAUGCCAAUACAUGUUUAAAUGGUAUCGAGGGACCCCUUUAUAUGUAAAAUGAUUUUAAUUUUAGUAUGCUCAAAUUGUAAUUACAGAUGUAAUUACGUUUUUUUAGUGAGGAAUUGGGAUCGAUUUUUUAGCCACGGCCUGCUAGCUGGACGUCGUCAGCUGUAGAGGCCUGCCAAAAUGUAUUGUGUGACUGAGUUAUGAAUCACAGAUGAAUCAUCAUCAUCAAUCAUAUGUUGAGAUGGUUACUUAUGGGCUUUAUUUUAGAUUUCAGCCUUUAUCAGUUUCCGAUGUUAUGUGCAAUUUAUUAUUUUUCGACUAACAUAAGUGCUAUGUAAUUUGAUUUCUGCUUAUGGGAUGAUAGAGUUAAGGGGCCGCUACUUUUUAAAUCCUGUCAGCAUUUAAGGCGUAUGUUUAACAUGGAAAAAUGUUAUACAGGCCAUGCUGCAAGACCAAAACAUUGCACAAUUGUUUAAACAGCUUGUAACACCUGUUACUUACCACUUUAUUGUAUUAUUUUCUCUUAUUAAAAAGUAACACGUGUUACCAAACUUGUCUUAUUUCACUUUUAUUUGUCAUCUAGACGCUAAAUAUGCGUACGUGACUUUGACGUGUACACAGUAAUCCAAUAAGAGUUGCAAAUGUUGACUUUUUACGGUUAAUUUUAAUAUUUACCUCUUAAAUGCGCGCUCACUGCAGUCUGCCCCGUUGAAGAGCAUGGACAGUGCAGGCUGCGUUUGGAACUAUGGAGGGGUACAUGAACCACGUGACCGCUCCGGCGGCGAGAUCUGAAGUUGUCGCCACUCUGUUUAAUCCAUUGCUCUGGUUCGACUCAAAAGAAGAGUCACGUGACCGAGCUGUACACAGAGUCCUCACUGAAAACCUGGAGUUAGAGAGAAGGUUCAGCUCUGUGAGAGUGAAAGGCGACAAUGAACCAACCUCAGCGGGACCUUGAGAACAGACGCUCCACAAACACGCCACCGCCGCCGUCCUUCAACGACUUCCUGUACUGAUGUGAUGAAAUGUUUCUGUUACAUCCUGAACAAAUGAACUCUCUCGCAGCUCUAAAAGCUCUUUCUAAGAGUUCUUCUCCUCAAGGACGCUUCAGCUCUGCAGAUGGACUCACAUCAAAUUUAUUAUCCUCCCACUCCAGGUGGAAAUACGGCGCUUUUCACCCUUUUAGCAUCCGCCAUCUUUGUAGCGUGAUAAUGACAUGACUGACAGCUGUCUUCUGUGACGGGUUUGACUUCUAUUAGCUCACAACCUUUUUAUUCAAACACCAAAAUGAGAUGGUUGGUCCUGUUGUUGAGAGUUUAGAGGUCAGAGUGUCAUCAGCAUAAAAUCGUUUUACGUCACGAUCAGAAAAAUCAGCGAGAAAUUAUGAAUAAGAAUCGAGAAACAAAGCGGUCCGAAGAUCGAGCCCUGAGGAACACCACUCAGCGGUGACAGACAGAUGUUAUCCAGAGGAGUGAGUUAGUCAGAGCGUUUACAUGAACGUGUCCUCCUCCCCAACACUAGGGGGCGAUAUGGGUCUUUACAACCGUCAACAACAACAGCAGGUCGGUGUCAGACGUCAGAAGUGUCUACAACUGCUGCUGGGCAUUUUGGAGAAACAAGAAGAUGGAGCAUCGUACAGCGUUGUUUUUGUCCGACAUGAUGGACGCGCUACUUUUUCUAAAGAGGAGACCAACGCUACUCCUCUACUCUGGGGGUUUGUUACGGGGUUACGGAGGCGUGGCUUCAUACUCCGACUACGCUGGUUACAUGGUAGAGAAAAUCGGAUUCCAAUCUCAUUUUCUGGGCGUCUUAAUCAGAGUUCUCAAACUCCGAUCAUAUUCGGACUAAAGUGUUUAUAUGACCUUCAGUUGUCCGGUCUUAGUCGGAAUAAGGCGAUAAUUCGGUUUUCUCGAGUGUCAUGGAAACGGACUGAAUGACGUCCAAUUCUGUGUUGAAAGGACAACUGGACUUAGUUGAGACGUCUCCCAGUUGUCCUUUUCAUGCGUUGAUUCCCUCUCCAGAGUCAUGUGACUAACCUGUUGGACAUCGUUGGUUUGAAAUCAUCAGAAAACCAUAAAAAUCUGUUUUAUUUCCGAUCAUUUUAACCCUGAAAUGUCUUUUAAACUUCGUCCCUCAGAGUUCGGAGUUCUCCGACGAUAAUCCGAGUUCUCAAACUCCGAUUAUAGUCGGACUAAAGUGUUUACAUGACCUUCAGUUGUCCGGUCUUUAUCGAAUAAGACAAGGUUUCCUCGAGUGUCGUGUAAACGUACUGACUGAGUCAAAUUAGCAGAAAAAUCAUUUUAAUAACGAUGUUUGUUUCAGUAAGUGUUAGGGUAUUGAUAAGGUAUUGAUAAGGUAUUGAUAGGGUAUUGAUAGGGUAUUGAUGGGUAUUGAUAGGUAUUGAUACGGCUGUAACGUUAGCUGAGUCGAUGUUUCGUGGAUGUCUCUGUUCUCACAGUUUCUGGUUCUCCCUCUCUUCCUCGAGUUUUUCAAACAAACCCCGCCCUCUUCGAUUGUCUCCCUCUUGGUUUUUGACCUUUUUUCUCUCUACAGAUAAAUCUGCGUGAUUCUAAAACCUCAGGUUUCCUGAACAUGAAUAUUUUGGUCUUUACACCGACCUGACGUCAGCAUGAGUUCUGCUGCAGGAAAACGCUGAUCUGUGUUUGCAGUUUUUGAAGCGUUUAAAAGAGUCUCAGCUCAGUUUUGGGACUUUCUGCUGCCGCCAUCAGUCCGUAAACGUGCGGCGGCGGCGGUGACCUGCUGUAAAUACAGUACGCAGCUGAAAACCUCUGAGCAGCUCUCAGGAAAAACACUCUGCCCUCCUGGAUGAACAACCAUGAUUCACAUGCUGCACACACACACACACACACACACACACACACAGAGCGGCGUGCUCGUCCACGUGAGAGCGCUGACACAGCCACUCGUGCUCUCACAACACGCUGAAAAUUUAAUUCGGAUGAGUCGCAGGUUUGGAUGAGUGUCGCGUGAAACAGCAGGAAACGGGGAGCGAGCGGGUGAAGCCCGGGGGACACCACACACACACACACACACACACACACACACACACACACACACACACACACACACACACACACACACACACACAGAGGAGUCUUUAUUUAAAGCUGAGCGGACUGUGAGAUCAGGAGACUGAAGCUCAGAGUCUGAGUUUUUAUCUCGCCGUCGUCUCUUCGGCGUGUUUUUAAAAACAGAAGUUUGAUCGUCUCGCUCUCAGAGGUUUGAGGAGCUUUAAAAUGAGGUCCUAGUUUCCAUGUUUUACUGGAUUGAACUGCAUUUCCCAUGAGCACCGUCACCUGCUGUGGUAACCAUUAACGGCUCCAUUUUCCAUUCUGUUUGCGUCUGUAACUUCUUCUUCUUCUGUGGUGCUGUGCGUCACAGGUGGUGUUGGAGGACUACCUUCAGCGGAUCAGGAGGGCAGAUUUUGAUGUUUUCAACCCCAGCCUGCAGAAGAGGAACCCCCUCAUCCCCCUCCAGCUUUACUUCCGGUCCUGGAAGAACACCUACUGACACCAGACCACCACCACCUCCACCACCACCUCCUCCACCUCCGUAGAUCCUCCUAUGAGUCCAGAUCUUCUGCUGCCUCUGGAGGCUGCAGGACUGACCAGAGACUGAACUCCUCCUCGGUCUGGAGACUGAUCUGUAGCAGGUCUAUGAAGAAACCAGACUUGAUUUAACCCCUGAGAUCUGCCUCCUUCAAUAAAGACCACCUCCACCAAUCAGACCAGAGACACCUGCUGUCGUUUCUCAACCCGCUCUGACUCCUUUAGAGACUCCGCCAAAAAACAAAAAAACAAAAGACUAAAAAACGGAGGUCCGGGAUCUGAUUUAAAGAUGUUUUCUGCAGGUUUACAUGAAAAUAUUUCUCUUUUUAGAAACUUUAAAGUCCUGGUUGACGAUCUGAUCUUCAGUUAAAAAACACUGAGCAGAUUUGAAGAAGCCUGACAUGUCAGAGACGAAUCCGAGUUAUUUCUGUAACAUGAGAUAAAAGGAGAUAAAAAUGACCUGUUCGACUAAAA